GUGGAUCAAUACAAUCGACGAAGAAGACGGAGUGACAAAGAAGAAGAAGCGUUCUGUUGUAAACACACACACAAGUGGCAAACCAACUGCAACUACACAAAAAUGUCGAUUGUCUUUGUGCCAAAGAAGCUACGAGGAAAGGCGAAGAUUAACCAAGAAACAAUACAGAGGUUGCUGGAUGAAAACGACCAGUUAAUUAGAUGCAUCACUGAAUACAUGCAGAAAGGACGAGCAGUGGAGUGUGUACAAUACCAACAGAUCCUUCACCGCAACAUAGUCUAUCUGGCAACCAUAGCUGAUGCCAGCCCAGACAACAUGCCUCCCUCUUCAAAUUCCACACCAACCCUGAAUGGGCAUAGAGAGAAAUGAUGGAAGGCAGCUUCUGUCAGUGGAGUUGGGAUGGGAUGUCAACUCUUUGACAGUGUUGUGGUUGAGAAUGGUGUUACAUCACAGGAAAAUCUAUUUAUUAUAACUAUUAUUGUGUUCAGUAAUGCUAUAUUGAAUGUUUAUAUCAUGUGGAAAAAUUCUGUGAAUUCAAAAUGUCUUUUUGUGUCAUCUUAAUGACUCUACAUGAAUUGUACAUACACCCAAUUAUAUUAAAAUGUUUCCAGCAGGA